AUGCCGCUCCCUGCGCCUUUGCGGAAACGGCGGGCCCCGGCCGCCCUUGUCUUCCUCGCCCUCGCCGGCCUCGGCGCGUCCGUUGCCUCGCUGGCGCCGGCGUGGUGGCGCCGGGGCCGCGCCAAGCGCCCGGGCAGCGUGGCGGAGGCGGAGCUCUUAGCGCAGCUGGCGCUGCGGCUGCAGCCCAAAGCUGAGCUCAAGGAGCUGUUCCGGCGCUUCCCGUCGCCCGAGAAUUGGGGCGGGAACUACCUGGAGCCGGAUCUGGCGAUGUACGGGGUGCUGCGAGACCCAGAGGCUGCGCUCUUCGUGGAGUACGAUGGGUAUUGGAGGCAUGCGGAAGAGGAGGGGAUCGCCUUGGACACUGCGAAAAACGCGGCGCUGCUGGCGUACGCGCCUGAGGGAUCCUAUGUUGUGCGCAUCAACCAUGCUGCGCUCGAGGACGUGCAGCCGCAACAAAACGUAGUGUGGCUCACAGUGGUCGCUUGGCGCAGCGGCGACCACACGUCGCUCCUGGUGACGUUGGAGGAUGUUCUGCGUCAGAUUCACUUGUGCUUGGGAGGCCAGAUCAUGUGGAAUCGACUGACCCAUGGUGUGGGGGAGGAAGGUGGGGCGCUGUCAAUCAGGGCAAGGGAGUUUUCAAUUUCAGCUGCUGCGCGGGGCAACAGCACGGAAGAGAUAGGACGCUUUCUGGCAAUGCGGGGAUAUGAUAUUGGAGAAAAAUGUUGGAACAAAGUGGGCUUGGUGAGUCUGAGCAUUGAAGAACAGCUGGAUCCGAUGCUGCUGUGGUUGGAGGAGCAAGGCUUGAGCAAGGUCCAAAUUCAGAAGGUGUUGGCUGGACAACCGCGCAUCUUUAGAUUAAACAUCGAGGACACCUUGAAGCCCACCGCGGAUUGGAUUCUUGGCUUGGGCCUGAGCCAGGCCCAGCUUGCAAAGGUCGUGGCUGGCUUUCCGCAAAUUCUGGGUUGCAGCAUUGAGCAGAACUUGAAGCCUACGACUGAUUGGAUUCUUGGCUUGGGCUUGAGCCAGGCCCAGCUUGCAAAGGUCGUGGCAGCUUUCCCUUCCAUUUUGGGAUUGAGCAUCGAGCAGAACUUGAAGCCUACAACUGAUUGGAUCCUUGGCUUGGGCUUGAGCCAGGCCCAGCUUGCAAAGGUCGUGGCCAGCAAGCCGCAAAUUCUGGGUUGCAGCAUUGAGCAGAACUUGAAGCCUACAACUGGUUGGAUCCUUGGCUUGGGCUUGAGCCAGGCCCAGCUUGCAAAGGUCGUGGCAGCUUUCCCUUCCGUUUUGGGAUUGAGCAUCGAGCAGAACUUGAAGCCUACAACUGGUUGGAUUCUUGGCUUGGGCUUGAGCCAGGCCCAGCUUGCAAAGGUCGUGGCCGGAUGUCCGCACAUUUUGGGUUGCAGCAUCGAGCAGAACUUGAAGCCUACAACUGGUUGGAUUCUUGGCUUGGGCUUGAGCCAGGCCCAGCUUGUAAAGGUCGUGGCCAGCAAGCCGCAAAUUCUGGGUUACAGCAUCGAGCAGAACUUGAAGCCUACAACUGAUUGGAUUCUCGGCUUGGGCUUGAGCCAGGCCCAGCUUGCAAAGGUCGUGGCAGCUUUCCCUUCCAUUUUGGGAUUGAGCAUCGAGCAGAACUUGAAGCCUACAACUGAUUGGAUUCUUGGCUUGGGCUUGAGCCAGGCCCAGCUUGCAAAGGUCGUGGCCAGCAAGCCGCAAAUUCUGGGUUGCAGCAUUGAGCAGAACUUGAAGCCUACGACUGAUUGGAUUCUUGGCUUGGGCUUGAGCCAGGCCCAGCUUGCAAAGGUCGUGGCAGCUUUCCCUUCCAUUUUGGGUUGA